AACUGUUUUCACUCGCUGCUAGUUUGUUAGCGGGUCCUCGCCAAAAUGUUGUCUAGAGCCCUGUUGCUUGCUGGGCGCCUUGCCUCAGCUGCAAGCUCACAAUCCUCAGCGAGCACACUUUCACGCGCUGUGCAGCCACUAAGCUUACUGCUUCAAAAAUACAACUUCGCCACGAACUCGACCGACAUUUUCAACGUGCACAAGGACACACCCGAGAACAAUGCGAGCUUAACGUUUGACUUUACUGAGGCGAACUACAAGAUCGUCAACGAAAUUAUAGCGCGGUAUCCGCCAAACUACAAGGCGUCGGCUAUCAUUCCGGUGCUGGAUGUGGCUCAGCAGCAGAACGGCGGGUGGCUCAGCCUGGCAGCGCUCAAUCGUGUUGCAAAGGUGCUCGAUAUGGCACCGAUUCGCGUGUACGAAGUUGCUACCUUUUACACCAUGUUCAACCGCACAAAAAUCGGCAAGUACCAUGUGCUUAUCUGCGGCACAACCCCUUGCAGGCUCCAAGGUGCUCAGGGCAUUGAAGAAGCUGUGACAAAGCACCUGGGUAUCCACAUUGGGCAGACCACCCCCGACGGCUUGUUCACACUGGGUGAGAUGGAAUGCAUGGGCGCCUGCGUCAACGCGCCCAUGGUGGCCAUUGCGGACUACACCAAGGGUGUUGAGGGUUUUGAGUACACCUACUACGAGGACCUUACGCCGUCGGACAUUGUCGGCAUCCUGGACACCAUCAAGAAGGGAGGCAAGCCCAAGCCUGGGUCGCAGCACAGGAGCAAAGCUGAGCCAGCGGGCGCUGUAGUGGGAGACAAGUGGGUGCCCAAGGACGGGACCGUGACGUUGGCCGGCCCACUGCGUGGACCUUACUGCCGCGACCUGAACGCGGUGUAAGAAAGGGGGGGCCAGCGUGAUGCGGGAGCAGCCUAGAGCGGCGGCAGUCACAGCGGAUCCGCAUGCCUGGUGUAGCAUGUGGCAGCUGUGUUGUCGCCGAUGUGGCUGUUGUGAAUCUCCAAGUGGUGCGGUCGAAAGGAGAUGGAGGAGGGAGAAGCGGCUUAAUGCUUUGUUGUUGGCUGUCGCUGUACUGGCAUGGAGCUUGGUGUGGAUGCUUUGGAAUUUUUAGGUGCAAAGUGGGUCGUAGCAUAAUAUGUUUUGGUGUGGAUCCCCGAGUUUGGAUGGCUGCAAACGGGAAAGAGAUGCGAGUGUCCGUGUGCCGGGGAGGUUAUGUUUUCCUUGCACCGAGUUAAGGGGAUGCGGGUCUUGCGGCUUCUUGAUGCGCGCGACUUAUUGCUCGCCCUUGCGUAGACAGCCAAAUGUGAAGCUGCGCUCUUGGGGUAUGGGUUUAAAGGGCAGGGCGAGGUGGGGCAUAGUAAUGUCACGCGAAGAACGGACGUUGAGGUGCCGUGCUUUCGCCGGAUGAGCCACCCAAAUUUUACUUUUAAUGUUCGGAUGGCCCACCACGUGUGCGAACGCUGUAACAAGCUUACACUGCAUUGCUUAGAUGUUGAGGAAAGGGUGAGAAAUUAUGCUAACUGGCUGGCGUGGCGACAGCAUGCGUGCUCAGCUUCGGGUGCCAUGCCGUAACUGGGCGGCCUUGUAAGAAUGCGACAUCCU